UUGGAUUCAUUUUGGCAACUAAUUUGAUUCUAUCCAAGUUUGUUUUAUUUGUUCCUGGAAUUCAAAGAUAGUUUUAGAAUUUCUGCGUUAAAAUUGGAUUGUUUUGAGGUUUGAGUUAAUUUCGCUGGAGGAAUGAGAUGGCGUUUGUUAGCAACAACUUUGACCAAUGUAGCUUUUGCUCAGGUAUAUGCAAUGAGGAAUUCCAUCACGUGCUGAUCCCUUCUAACCCGAAGCGGAAACUUAAAACUAUCCUGCAGAAGCUGAACAGUUCUACUUCCCAGUUGAGCAGUUAUCCUACAUGCAAUAAAUGCUACCAAGAGUUAAUAACCGUCCACAACAUUCCCGAGAGCUGUUUCCAACUUUUGCCCAUCAUCAAACCGAUUGAUCACAUCAAGAUGGAACCAGAAUUGAUGAUUGAUGACCACGAUCUUCCGGAUAAAUGUGAAAACACAUUCAAGAGAGACUCAAUAGUGGACUCUGGGCCGAUUGAACAGGACGCCGAAUUGCAAAUCAAAAGAGAAAACGUAGAGGUAUUCUUCAUCAGUGAAAUGGACAAAGGCAAUAUGCCAUUAGUUCCAGAUGCUGGAACAAAUACACUAAGAACAAAAAGAGUACUUCGCAGUGCUUCACAGAAGAAAGUACACACACCUUCAGUACAUCAUGAAUGUAACGAGGGUUUCGCGGAUGAAGGAGAGAAACCGUUUAAAUGUAAAAAGUGUGGAAAAACAUUUAGCUUAAAGUCCAAUCUAAGGACUCACAUUCGAAGCCAUAAGGGUCCCCAUUCUUGUCCACAUUGUUCGAAGGCGUUUGGGGAACUUGGAAUUCUCCGAAAGCACCUUCAAUCUCAUUCGGAUGAACGCCCCUAUUCGUGUCCACAAUGUCCGAAAGCGUUCAAGCUAGCUGCGACGCUCAAAGAGCACAUUCGAACUCAUAUGGGAAAGAAACCGUUCAAAUGCGAAAAGUGUGAAAAAACAUUUGGACUACUAUGCAAGCUUAAACUGCACUUUUUUACUCAUACCGGUGAACGUCCUUUUUCUUGUCCACAUUGUCCGAAGACGUUUUCGCAUCCCACGACGCUUCAGAGGCACAUUCGAAUUCAUACGGGAGAACGUCCCUAUUGUUGUCCACAUUGUCCAAAUGCUUUCAGGGACUCUACAGUACUCCAAAAGCACAUUCGAACUCAUACGGGCGAACGUCCCUAUCCUUGUCCACAUUGUCCAAAGGCUUUUAAGGACUCUACAGUGCUCCGACAGCACAUUCGAACUCAUACGGGUGAACGUCGCUUUUCUUGUCCGCAUUGUCCGGUGGCGUAUAAAUAUUCUAAAAGUCUCAAGCAGCACAUUGAAACUCAUACGGAUUAAUAAAGGAUUAAAAAUGUUUUACCAAAACAAGGUUUUCAGAUUUCUUUUAAUGGCACAGCACUUUUUAUAGCAAAAACAUUUGACGGAGCGCCUACAUUUUUUAAUCAAUAAAACAAGUCCUAUUACCAUUAACAUUACCCAAUUGGGAACAACUAUGGGCCUGAUCACGAACGUCACUUCGCGGUGAAAACGAAGUGAAUUGUAUACAACGUUAUUACGGCUGCUACCGUCUGUGUAGAAUCCGGAAGAAUUCAUCCAUCGUGACAACUUUGAUGAACUCGGUGUUAUUAUGGAUACCACGAUACUGUCACGUCACGGGGAAAAACAAGUGUAUUUGUCACUUGUGUUUUAGAUGGUGAAAGCUAGUCACGCGGAAUGGA